UGAGCCAGGCUGACGACCGCAUAAUUGAGUUGCAGCAUAAGAAGGCAAACAUCGAACACCUUUCACUUUUUACUAUUUAGCGAGUCCUUUGUCUUCCCUUUCAAGUUGCUGACAAGUCGGUGCCCCGAAAUGGGUGUGAUUCGGACCAUAGCGGUCGUCAUUCUCAGCAUCUCGUUUGUGGUAUUUGUAGCACUCUUUGGUCGCCUCCCUGCCUUCAGACGUACUCCCGUGGCUUUUCUUCAUCGAUUGCUGCUGAAACACAUUCCCAAUGCCUUCGGCGUGCUGGACGAGCGCCUUACGGGCCGACGUGUGUCGCGAAGUCUGGCUCGGACGGGCGAUUACUUGAUGAACGAGAAACAUCCUCUCGUCUUGGUCUUUUUCCUACUUCUACAAAUUAUUGGCGAGGUCUUGUUCAUUCCGGCGUCGUGGGAUAGACUUGGUGUAUCACAAAAGAUUGUGAUUCCGUGUCUAGUGGCUGCGCCUCUAUGGUUCUUGUACCUUUCAGCGACAACGUCUUCGAACAUCACGCCAGCAAAUCACGCGGCUUGUAUGCGCAUUUACCCUUACGACUUUGCGCUGUUUCACCCGGGGUACUUUUGCAGUACGUGUCACUUUGCGAAGCCGGCAAGGUCAAAGCACUGCGGUAUAUGCAAAGCUUGCGUGCAAAAGCAGGACCACCAUUGUAUCUGGAUCAACAACUGUGUCGGGCGAAAUAAUUACAUUUGGUUCAUUUUAUUGUUGGUCAGCAUUGCCAUGCUAUUGGCUUAUGGGGCCCAGCUGGGUUAUGUGCUGCUUGACGGACGGUUGCAGGAACGGUUCGUGCCGGCGGCGCUGACCAGGGGGAGUUUGACCGCGGAGAGAUGGAGUACGAAGAUGGGUUGGGGCGAGUUCUGGCACUGCUGGGCAUGGGCGAUUAGUGUGGAGUGGCGGAUUGGUGCGGUUAUGAUGCUGGCUUUCAUGUCGUUUCCACUUGCUGUGGGCUUUUUGGUGUAUCAUGUCUACUUGAUUUGGGCGGGGAUGACGACUAAUGAGAGUGGGAAGUGGACGGAUUGGAAGGAGGAUAUUGAGGAUGAGAUGGUUUAUAAAGCGCGGAUCAGUGAGUUGAGGGAGACUUACCCUCCUUUGCCUGAGGAUGUGGAACCUAGGGAUCAGGAUGUCAGUUGGCCUGCUGGGGUGAGGGCGAAGUGGUGGCUCGUUAGGAUGGAGGAUGGAAGAAAGCCGAUUCUCAGGUCAAGGGUCAAGGAGGGGGAAGAGGAAGGUGAUGAAAUCGAACAGCACAGGGAGGUGGUGGACGAGAGGUGGGCGAAGGUUGAGUCGUUGAAGGAGGUGGAGAAUGUCUAUGAUUUGGGGUUCUGGGAGAACCUGAAAGACAGCAUGUUCAAUCGAGGGUGACGUUGAGUCACUGCCACAGCAAACAAUGCAACACUAUUUACCAACAAAGUG